AUGAGAUUUGCUCAACCAUUCAAUACCUUCGAAUUCCUUUUUCUCCUCCUCCCCACCAAGAAAACGACUAACAGCCUUACUUUACAGUUCAUUUCCUCCCGCGGCAACGAAUAUUUCUGUGAAAUUGACGAAGAAUACAUCACCGACCGCUUCAACCUGACUGGCCUCAACACCGAAGUGCACUACUACCAACAUGCUCUGGAUCUGAUCACCGACGUAUUCGACCUCGACUGCGAAGAUGACAUGCGCGAGACGAUCGAAAAAUCCGCCCGUCACCUGUAUGGCCUCGUGCACGCGCGCUACAUCGUGACCACCCGCGGCCUGGCCAAGAUGGUCGACAAGUUCAAGAAAUCCGACUUCGGCCGGUGUCCACGCGUGCUAUGCGACAGCCACCCCCUACUCCCCUUCGGACCGAGCGACAACCCAGGCUUGAAGACCGUCAAGCUCUUCUGCGCCAAGUGCGAGGACAUUUACAACCCGAAAUCAAGCCGGCAUGCGUCCAUCGACGGCGCCUAUUUCGGCAGCAGCUUCCACAAUAUCCUAUUCCAGGUGUAUCCAGCCUUGGUCCCGGUCAAGUCGCGGCGGCGGUACGAGCCGAAGGUGUUUGGGUUCCGAGUGCACGCGGCGGCGGCACUGUCUAGAUGGCAGGACUCCGAACGGAGGAAGAUGCGCGCGCGGUUGAAGGAGGCCGGCGUGGUAGGUGAAGGGGCACAGUUGUUCAUCGAGGAUGCAGAGAGCAGUGAUGGCGAGGACGGCGUUGAGGAGGACGAUGAUGAUGUCGUCGAGGUUGAGAAUAAUGGAGAUAGGAGCAUGAGGAUGGCUAGGCCUGGGGACGACGGCGUCGGCCUGAAUAGGGCUCCUACUGCUGGCUAG